AUGACUUCUGUCUAUGCUGCUUCGAGUAUUCACUCGAAGUCGACACUUAGUAAGAAGUAUGAAGUCGAUACCAGCGCAAUGUGGAAUGGUGGCGAAAAAUUCCGAGUAAAAGAAGACGAAACUCCUGAUCAAAUUUCAUUAACAAAUUUCAUGCAACAAUUUUCCAUGGAUGUUGGUAGAUUUGUAGAAGUAAAGCCAUGGAUAAACAGUUUACGUUAUUUUAUCUUCCCAUUCUUUUAUAUUCUCGGCUCUUCCGGAAUUCUCAUGAUAGAAUCAUUCGAAUCCAAAAUUUUCAAUAUGUUUAUGACAGUUCUUCGUUCAUUGAUUAUUAUUUUACCAAAAGAUUCUUCCUUAAAUAUUAAUAUCACAUUCAACGUUUCUUUAGCUUUAAUCUACAUUACAUUCGUUCUUUUACUCGUAAGAAACGUUCUGCAAUACAAACGUGGAAGUACACCAAGUAGAAAUGAUAUUAUUUUCUGGAUUUUUACAUCUAGAAUUGUUACACAAAUAUUUUCAUGCUACAUAUCAUACUACUUAGCUUUACACUUAGUAAAUAUCGUAGGAAGGUAUAAUAUUGAUGAUUUAAUUAACCUGAUUAUUGCGAUACCUUUAUAUACAUUUCAAAUCUCAUAUAUAUACUUUUCAUGCAGUGUUUACAAUGCUACACCUAUCCUAAGACCAAACGAUGUUACACAACUAUGGUUUUCACAAUCUUUCAUAGAUUGGAGGAUUAAUAUUGCUUUAUUUGCUCCAAUCUUUUCACAAUGCGUUCUACAAUACUUCUCAAGUCCAGCCAAAGAAAUAGCUUUCAUAUUUUUAGUAUUUGCAGUUUCAAUUUAUUUUGCAAUGAGCGUUAUUCUUUACAUGCCAUGCGUUUGGCCAAAGCUCAAUGCUUUGGUUCUUGCUGCUGCUGUUGCUGCGAUGGCUUUUUCAUUUUUCCCGUUAAUGUCGUAUUAUGCGAACAAAUACGCUCCAUUUUUCUUUUUGGGAUGCUUAAUCAUGGUUCCUAUAUUGUAUUUACUCAGCAAACAAGUUGUUGCGUAUUGUUGCCGCAGAGUUUUGAAGAAAUUUAAUGAUAUGAGAGCCAGCGAAGACAUGGAUGGCGAAGAAGACAACAAACUCGAUCCUUUGUCCGCAGCUAUCCUUCAUCUCAACAAAACAACAAAUGUUGACUUCUUAAAAAUGGGAAUUUCAGGUGAUCGAUUAUUGUCACUUUUCUUAAGAGUUGGAUUUUGGUUUAAUGUUCCAGAAAUUGAAGAUCAAUCGUUUAUCAAGUGGGCGACUGACCAAUGUGUUAAAGCAGACCUUCUUUUGAGCGCUUGCCAGAUUUCUUAUGCGUUACAAAAUGACAAUCGAAUGCUCAACAAUUUGAGUGUUUUAGUUUCGAAAUUAUCGAGUGGUCCAUACAACACUAAGAGUUUUGCGAUGUUAUUUGAUCAUUUAAGGCAAGAACUCAUUACACAGCUCAACCAGCCUCUUCUAAAUGCAGUGAGUCAAUGUAAAAGAGCGAGUUAUUCUUUGCAAAACUUUUGUGGCGAAUUUUGGGCAGCUGUCAUUAAACAAAGAAUACAAGGAAUGGUUGACGUUCUUCCUCAAAUCUCUUAUGAAAUGUCGAGGACAGAAAUCCUUUUCCAGAACUUGAUUCGUAAUUAUCCCCGUUCUUCAACAGUUUACAGAGAAACUGUCAUCAUUUACCACAAAAAUCUCGGUGAUCACGUGAAAACAAUUGACACGCAAGCGAGAUUGAACAGAUUAAGGAAAGUUGAUGAUGUUGAUAGUGAAAGAUCUUCUUCUAGUGAUUUGGAUGAUAUCGAUCAUAAUUUCCAGGAACAAAUGGAUCCAUGGAUUUCUGUUCAAUCAAUUAUUUCUAAUAUAAGAUCUGUUGCAAAAACAUUGACAAUUGUAGCUGCAGUUAUAAUGAUUCUUUGUAUGAUAUUGAUGCCUCUAAUUCAGUUAAUAUUUGCUAUUGCAAGAGUUAAUUCGUUUUUGAGAAUUACGGAUCCAAUUCAAAUUAUUGGAGAUAUUCAAUUGGAAAUCUCAAGAAUUCCUCAGUUGAUUCGAAGAAUUAAUUUGUUCCAAACAGGAGAAAUAAGAGAUGUUUGGGUUGGCCCUGUACGUGGUACACUUAAUGAGAUAAUCAAUGAAACAUCUGCUAAAGAUUAUUUGGAUAUUUACAUUAAUGAUUUGGAAGAUAAUUUGACAAGUUUUCUCGAUGCUUGUACAAAUGAAAAAAUUCCAACUUCUGUUUGUGAAAACAGGUCGUAUUCUAUGGUUUCAGGUAAUGCAACAUCAUCAAGUUCUUUAUAUGACUUGUUAAGCUCUUAUUUACUCAGUGCUUCCAGUAUAAAAGAUCUCAAGAACAUGACGAAUAUUAAUAACAACACAAAUUUCCAGUUCAUUUUUUCAAAUUUCGAUACAGCAGAAACAGGAAUUACACAAGCAUUGGCAACACUUAAUUCACAGGUUGUCAGCUUCUAUGAUACAUUUGAUAGAUUGUGUAUGAUCUUUUAUAUAAUUACUUUCGCUGUACCUGUAAUUAUCAUUUUACCUUUGUUCAUAAUUUCUCUUGUUUACGCAAGAAGAGAAAUUAAAUUCGUUUUGAGAUUAUUCUUCUCAAUUCCAAAAAGUGACAUCAGUUCAAUUCGUUACAGCAUGAAAACCAAAAAAGGAAAGGAAGUUAAACAAGAACUGACUAAUGAUGAUGCCUCUCUCGAUGGCCUUCAACUGAGGAAAGAAGAACUGAUAGAAAACUUGGCAACUGUUCCAAGAUAUCAACAAGGAAUUUAUAUGAUGUGGAUUGAAGUUUCUUUAGUUUUCUUGGCUGUUUCUUGUACUUUAAGUUGCAUUGGAAUAUAUGUAUUCAAAGGUUCAAUGACUGAAAUUAUAGAAAUGACAAACGCCUACACAUAUUCCAUAACUGUUUUCUCAAACGCGGCUUCUUGUUACGUAUGUGCUCAGGAAUUAUUCUCAAGUGAUCCAAUAAAUAAAAAUUUGACAAAAAUUUCUGACACUUCACUUUUCUAUAUUAAUCGGUUCAAGAGUCGCUUCAACACAUUGUUAUACGGAUCAUCAAACAGUGCUGUUUCUCCAGGACUUGUUUUAGGAUCAGAUAUUUCCGACGCUUACACGAAAUCAUCAUUUAUUGAUACAAAAGUUGUAAUUCAAAAUCCUGUUGUCGGAGUCAUUCAUGAUGUUUAUUAUUCAUUAAGUUGUGAAGCACAAGUCUCAUUGUUCUGUUCAAUAGCGAAUUGGAUCUUUAAUGAAUCCAAUUUCACGUACGAAGACAAUUUUACUUAUCAUUUUGAACACAUAUUGUUUGCACACAUUAUUCCAUUUUUGGAGAACGGAAUGGAUUUGUUUAAGACGAAAGUAAGCAAUCUAAAUGAAAGGAAAACAAACGAACUAUUGAUUGUUUACGUUCUCCUUUUAGUUCUUCAAGUUCUUUAUUCAUUAGUUAUCAUGAGAAGAUCGUGUGUAAGAUUAUUAAAUCAUAUCGAAACUCCUCGUCGUUUGCUUUGUUUAGUUCCUCCUGAAGGACUCAUGAAAUCUCCAACGAUUGUUAAAUGGUUCUCAGGAGCUUUCAGUGUCAGCAGCAAUUUAUUGUUGGAAAACAGAAACGCAAUGAAUAAUGAAGCUGUUGAAUUCGCUUGUGAUUAUUCUAAUUGCGGAGUUGCUUUGUUAGACGAGUUUUUGCAAGUACAAAGUGCAAACAAAACAUUCUUUGAAAUGACGAAACUCAAUGAACAAAAUAUCAAUGAAUCAAUAAGAAAUGUUUUGUUAAGAGCUUUGAUUGAUAAAGAUAAACUCGCAAGUAUACAAAGACUCGAAAGAGUUGCAAAGAAGAUGACUGCUGGUGUUUCUAAAGCAGGAUCAUUCAGUUUCGAAUCAGUUAUUGCAGGAUCGAAUGGAGAAAUGCAGAACGUUUUAGUAACAUUGCAUGGAUGUUCUGAUGUCGAUGAAGGACAAGCACAUUCAGUAACAACAGCACAAUCAUUCGCAUGUGUUAUACAAGACUAUACACAAAUACACAUGCAAGAAGAACACCUGAGAAUCGAACAUGACAAAUUACAAUCAUUGAUGAACUUGAUAAUGCCAAGCGCUAUAAGAGCAAAGCAUGAAGAUGGCCUGGAAACAUCUUUCCAAGUUGAUAUCGGAUCAAUCAUUGUUGCUACAAUUAAAACAGAUGUAAUGGGUGAUGAAUUGACAAAGAUUUGUUCUUCUGUUUUCGCUGCUUUGGAUGGAGCUGUUGAUGAUGAAACAAUCAAGAUAAGGACAUGUGGAUUAUCUUAUAUAGCUGCAACAGGUUUGUUCUCUAGAACGAAAGCUUCAGGACAAACUGCUUCUGAUGUCGCUUUAAAGAUGUUGUCUUUGGCUGCAAAAGUUGUUGAUACAAACACAGCAUCAGUAGGAAUUGGUGUUCACACAGGUAAUGUUAAAUGCGGAAUGGUUGGUGUUCUUCAACCGAUAUUCGAUGUGCUUGGAGAUACAGCGCAAGGAGCGAUGAAGCUCAGCGAUGUUUGUCCACCUUGGUUAGUUCAUAUAAGUGAAAGAACAUACGGAGAAAUCAAAUUCUUGAAAUAUAAUGUGAAGGAAGUUGGUGGUGAUGAUAGAGGCCAUACUUAUCUUUUGUCAAAUAAUAGUUUCUCUUCUGGAGAAGUUCAGAAACUCCAAUAA